GAAACAGGCUCGGCGCCUUAUCUCCCCUUUUCAUGUUUCCUCUUACUCAAAAUGGAAAUUGCUCAUAAGCAGCAUAUCUCUUUCACUUCCACCACUCGUUGAACUACUCCUGUUUCAACGAACUUACGAAUCCAAAAUCGCGAUUAGAAAGGUCCAGAUGUGAAUCGACGAUGCGAAAGUCCAUUGAGCGUUCCCAAAAGGGAACAAAAGUGGAUGCAUUGUGUGAAACUCACGUCGCCCGGGUUCUCCGAAGACUGAUAGGUUAAGCCGAUGGCUGAAUCGAAGGACAGACGUUGUGGGCUGCGAUAGGUGUUAUCAGGCUAUGUCACGAUCUAGAUCACACCAGGUGUUGACCUGGCGCAAUGCAUGUCUUGGGAUAUGCUCAUGCAGGCAUAUAUAUAAUCAGUUGCAGAACAUCGCAACUUCUACAUCCACUAUACUUUCAUCAGCAUUGAAACACAGUUGCGAAUCUGUCAAACUUUCCAUCUUUCACAAUGUCUACACCCAACGAACCCGUGUCCGAGAAGCCUGUAUUCGAGGACAAGGCCAACUACCCCGACACUGAGGAUGAUGUUCAAGUGGUUGCGCCCGAGAAGAAUGUCCACCUCACAGUGGCAGACAUGCUCAAGGGCACUGCCUCCCAUGAUCUCACCCCCUUUGAGCGCAAGGCCGCCUUGAUUAAUGGUGAAAUCGACAAAAUGGGCUUCGGGAAAUACCAGAAGUGCAUCUGGCUCCUUUGUGGAUUUGGAUACUUCCUCGACUUGGCCUGGGCGCAGGGCGUAGGAUUAACGGCCAGUGCCAUAUACCAGGAGAUGAACGUCCCAGAUGGCAAGGAAGGUCUUAUCUUCAGCUGCGCCAACGCAGGUCUUGCCAUCGGCGCUUUCUCGUUCGGUAUCAUCAGCGACAUUUUUGGACGCAAGUGGGCCUUCAACCUCUCCUGCCUCAUCACCUCUAUUUUCGGCAUGCUCUUGGCUGCGAGCAAGACUAACUAUGGCGCGGUCUGCGGGAUUUAUUUCCUGUGUUGCAUUGGUCUAGGCGGCAACAUCCCCAUCGACGCGACUAUUGCACUCGAAUUUCUGCCACAGAACCGACGAAACCUUGUAUCGCUGCUAAGUCUCUGGCAGCCUGUUGGUGUUGUCGUGGCGUCCGCCAUCGCCUACGGUACUGCGGCCAAGUACCGAUGCAACGUAGACCUACCUGCCUGCAGUACCGUCACGAAGGGUACGUCGUGCUGCACCACCUCGAGCAACAUGGGCUGGAGAUACGAGGUUAUCAUCAUUGGAGUUAUGACCCUCGCUGUAUUCUUUCUUCGAUUUUUUGUCUUCAGGUUUCACGAAUCGCCAAAGUUCCUCCUUGGCAAAGGCCGUGAGCAGGAGGCUAUCGAUGUCCUCCACAGGAUCGCCAAGUACAACGGUACACCUGAGCCGACCUUGACUGUCGAGGACUUCCAUGAGGUCGACCGUACCAUGCGUGUUGGUUCUACCUACAAAGCCCCGGGCUCCAGCGCUAAGGAUGUCGUUAUGCGCACAUUCAAGAGUGUUGGUUUCCUCCGUGGACUCUUCCUCAACAAGCUCGAAUGUGUCACCUUUAUCCUUCUUGCUCUGGCAUACAUGGGUGACUACUGGUCCUUCAACCUCGCCGGGUCCUUCCUCCCUAUCGUUCUGCUCAGAAACAAUGUGUCAAGCGGCCAGACUACAGUCACCGACACGUACCGCGAGUAUGUCUACAUCUACUUGCCAGGUGUUAUCGGUGCUAUCAUCGCCCUCUUCUCCGUCCAGCUACCCCUUGUGGGCAGAAAGUGGUCGCUCGUCAUUUCUGCCGCUCUACAGGGCUUGUCCAUGGCUAUGUACACCCAGGUCAGGACCACUGCCGGUUAUGUUGGCCUCAAUGCUCUUGAGUAUAUCAUGCAGACUUACUUUAAUGCGGUGCUUUACGCAUCUGCGCCCGAAAUGUUCGACACAACCUACCGUGCUAGCGCAAGCGGUAUGCUCUCCUGUCUAGGUCGUCUUGCUGGUAUCGUGGCACCCUUCGCUGGCCAGAAGUACAUUGGCGAGAAUAGCGCAGGUAUUCUCUGGCUCGGUGCCGGUGGUAUCUGGCUCUCUUCUUUUGUCAUGUGCUUCCUGCCUAUCGAAAUGAGAAAUCGGCAAAUGUUCUAGGCGGAUGGUUAGUGUGAUCGUGUGGGAUGAGGCUGGCGACAUCGAUAGAGGAACUGUGCUGAGGUCUCAGCGCUUACGUGGAGUGUUGGUCAUUAGUGAUUGUACUUAAUCUUGAUGGCUACUGUGGCUACGCAAGUAAUGUUAUUAUAUAUAUCCGUGCUGAUAUACUAUCAUCUCUUGUUCCCUCUUUGAGCUGUUGAAUGAGGAAUUU